GAGUCUAGACCUUCUGCCGUUAGUCGUCGGUUUGGCUACGUGACACUAGGCUCUCCAUGACCUUCCUGACGUGAAGCACGUCUCGUGUUCUUGAGUAUUCUCGAUGUUGGCAUGUAAGAGAUGGCGAAAAAAUCAAGAUAAACGACUCCUUCGAUUCUGCUUUUUGCCAAAGCCGCUUUACUGGGAGCAAUGGUGAAGUAUUUCAACUGUGCAGCCUCUCUUAAAGGCACAUGGGACCAAGUUUCUCAAGCGUUCUGGCAAAAAUACCCAAAUCCGUACAGUAACCAUGUGUUGACCGAAGACAUCAUCUUUCGGGAGGUUACUCCUGAAAAUCGCCUCAUUUCCCGUCGACUCUUGACCAAAACCAGCCGGGUGCCACGUUGGGCAGAAAAGUUUUUGCCCAGCCACAUGGCCAGCAAGGCCUACAUUAUUGAGGACUCUGUAGUGGAUCCCCAGAAAAGGACCAUGGUCACUUUCACCUGGAACAUCAGCCAUGCACGUCUCUUGUCUGUGCAGGAGCGCUGUGUGUACACAGUCAGUCAUGGCAACAGCAACCUAACCGAGGUCAAGAGAGAAGCAUGGAUCUCCUCCAACCUUUAUGGCUUUUCCAGAGCUGUUCAGGAAUUUGGUCUUGCCCGGUUUAAGAGCAGUGUAGUAAAGACCAUGAAAGGAUUUGAAUACGUCUUGGCGAAAAUGCAAGGUGAAAUGCCCACAAGGACACUGGCAGAGACAGCAACAGAGAAGGCUCGAGAGACAGCACUUGCUGCUAAAGAGAAGGCUAAAGGCCUGGCCUCUCAUGCACAGAAAAAACAAUAUGUAUGAUGAUGAUUGGGGGGCACCAUCUUUAAGUUUGUGCCUGUUUUUUUUUUUUUUUUUUUUGUUUUGUUUUUUUUCUAUUGUACCCAUUCCCUCACUUGUGCCCUUUUUUUAAUAUUUUAUCAGAUCAGUUAUCUGAUUCACUUGUUGAUACAUGAUCCUUUCAUGGCUCACAUAGUCAGUAUUUUCAUACAAUAUGGCUGGCUAUGUUCAGAGAGGGAGCAGAAAUAAAUAUUUUAAGGGUAUUCUGUAUUGGUGGGAAACGGAAAAUCUGACGCACAUACACUUAAGGCCACAAUUGUAUUGGUUCAGAUUUAAGGACAUGUAUAAGGGACUGGUAGUAGAAUGGUAGUCUGGAAAGAAAGAAGCAUACACUGUUGCAUUACAUACAGCAGUUGUAGUAGUGCCUGAAGAGCAUGCUGCAGUAAUAACAGCAUGAAACACCCUGGUUAGAUUUUAGUUUGCAUUUUCUGUGUUGAAUAUAUGACAGGACAUUGCUGUUAUAUAAAAUGUGAUCCUUAAUGUCCAUUUUCUCCUACAUAAAUGCUAUUUGUAUUGUCAUUUUUCAAGAGCAGAAAAUUAUUCAAAUGUUUUUUAGAUAAAAUGUGCAAGUCUGGAAGAAACAUUUGAUUUGGUUUACCUGUGGACUAUGGAUAUUUAGUCUAAAAUUUAAAGAAAUACAAUUUAAAAAAAAAAAAAAAAGUGUAUGAACAUAGUGUAUAUGUUUAUGAUACUAUCCUAAUUUACAAGGUUUUGUAAAAUCCUUUUGUUAACUUUUUUUUUUUUAAUUUGUUAAUUAUGGUUAAUUAUCUGUGCUCUCAGUUUUAAAAAUCGUCUUUCUGUUUUGUUGUAUAUGAUUUCCUUGCUUCAAAUUGAAGUGAUACGAGUGGUGUUGGGGUCCACAUUACAACCAGUCAUUGUCAGUGUGUGCUGCACAACUUAAAAUGAAUUUAAAAAUAAAAAGCAACACAGACAAGAUUGCAGCAGAUGGUAAUCUCUGGGUCUAUGCUUGAAUCUUAGUGUUUAAAGGUAUAUUCACUGAGAAACAAAUAAUGAAAUGUAAAGUAAAUACUGUUAAUGUUGAAUCUGCUGUGCUCUUAAAUCCGUGGCAUUUGCUUACUGUUAAUAAAGUUUGUUUUUUUUAAUCA